GUUUAAUUAAUAUUUUAAAUGCUGUAGCUGAUUUCAGACACAUGAUGUUUUGAUGUUGUUAUGGACUGUCAGCUUUAAUAGUAUAGUGCACUGGACCAUCUGAGGAUGAAGUGGAGGCUAGAGGAGAGAGAGAGAGAGAGAGAGAGAGAGAGAGAGAGAGAGGAUGUGACACACCCCCUGCUCUGCUGCUUUGCUGUUUGCUCCCCUCAGAUCAACUAUCAGAUGGUUGCAUUUCCUCAUCAGUGCGGACCGCAGACAGGCUGUUUUGUUCCGGCCCUUCUGCUGCUGUGAUGAAGAGAGGAUGAGACUGUCCUGUAGCGGAUCAUCUCCAACACCGGACUGUUGAAGAAGACUCCAACCUUUUUCUCUUCGGAUCCUAAGAAGAAACCGACAGAAGCUCCAUGAUUCCUCUGUGAAGACUAGAUCUCAUCCAGACUGCUAUAGUUUAUAACCCUGACAUGAUGGGGGGGUCGCUCUGGAUUUCCCAUGGUGCCACUGAAGCGGUGUUCAGAGGAAGGAGCCUCAUCACAGUUCUACCUCUGGCUUUAUUGUUGCCAUCAGUGAGAGUCAGUGCUCAGUUUAUGGCAAUCCCUCUGGACUGCCACAAGACUUGUGUGUGCGCCAGCAACAUCAUCAGCUGUUCCAAGAUGAAUCUAACCAACGUUCCCAUCGCUCUCCCACAAUAUACAGCUGUUCUGGACCUCAGCUUCAACGCCAUCACCGGCCUACGAGCUGAGUGGGCCCCCGACCCACUCGGCAAACUACGUCGUCUGCUGCUCAGCCACAACGGCCUCACCUUCCUCUCCUCUGAGGCGUUUGCGCACGUGACACAGCUUCGUUACCUGGACCUUUCCUCUAAUGGCCUCCGCCAGCUGGACGAGUUAAUGUUUGAGCCGCUGGAGCACCUGGAGGUGCUGCUGCUUUACAGCAACCGCAUCGCUCAGGUAAGUCGCGCUGCCUUCUCCGGCAUGAACAGCCUGCAGAGGCUCUACCUGAGCCACAACCAGGUCUCACGCUUCCCCUUGGAGCUGGUGAAGGACCGGAGCCGGAUGGAAAAUCUUACACUGCUGGAUGUGUCCUCCAAUCGAAUCAAAGCCCUGCCUUUCCAUGAGCUUCAGGCUCUGCCCGCCUGGAUCAAGAAUGGCCUGUACUUCCACAACAACUCUCUGCCCUGCAGCUGUGAUGUGCAUGAAGUGGUGGCAAGCUGGCACCUCCAGGAGCUCAGCUCUGCCACAGACUUCAAGGGCAACCACACUUGUUUGAAACCAGGCACGCAGAAAGAGAAAAUGGCCAUACUGGAUCUGGACAAGGUCUAUUUGAACUGCAGUGAGGUCACGAUUAUGGACAAACAAGACUAUCUGGAGCAGUACCUGGUCCUGGACUGUGACACUAGGGAGAGGAACAUGAUGAAGAGCUGGGUGCUGCCUGGAAACAUCCCACUGUCUCCAGCGCACAAGACUGCUGUGAUGCGUCCUGACGGUGGCCUCCAGCUUGGGCCUCUGAAGGCAGAGGAUUCAGGAGUCUACACCUGCUACGCCACCAGUGACUCCUUCAAUGAGACGCUUUAUGUAACUGUAAUGGUGUUUAAUUCCACCAAGAGCGGCGGGCUGGAGAACCUCAAAACGGCCUACACCACCCUCGUAGCGUGUCUGGUCAGUUUAUUUAUGGUUCUCAUCUACCUCUAUCUCACGCCCUGCCGCUACGCUUGUUGUCCAGGUCAGGGCCUGGAGAAAGGCGACCCCAGAGACAGCCUCCACUCUUCAACCGUCAGCAUCGCUCAGGCACACGAGGAGACGGGGCAGGAAAGAGUGGAAGGCGGAGGCUUCGCCUACAGACACGUGGCCUUCCUGCAACCCAAGGACCAGCUGGAGCAGAACGGGAGGUUGAACCCAAUAGGCGAGGAAGACGAGGAGUGGCAGGGGGACAACAGGGAGAGACGAAGGUCUGACGCAGAGUCCGUCAGCUCCGUGUGCUCCGAUACCCCCAUGGUGGUGUAGCAGUCAGAGGCACGGCGGCCGGAGGGUAAGACAGUGAUGGCUCGACCCGUGUGGCUGCUACACUGAGAUCUGUAUGCUUUGAAUGUGUGCAAGAUUCAAAAGUUAAAGCUUUCUCACAGCUGGCGGCAUGUAAAGUUGAUAAAAAAAAACAAUAUAGAAACACCCCAAAACGCUGAUAAUGCAGAGAGAUGUGGUUAAAAUCAUUUGUGACCUAAAAAUAUUUUUGAUGAAUGCAUUUAUCUCAGUUGUCACAGGAUUGCAGUUAUUUCCAUUACUUAACUUAAAAUGUCUUUAAAGAAAAUUUAAUUAAUGCUCCUAUUAUUAUCAUUUUCUACUAUUUUAUUUCCUGUCACUUUUACUGCAAGUUAUCGGCUGGUCCUGCGAGAUAUUGCUAUGCAAGUAAGAAUAUAAGAAGUUUUUUUUUGCAUUUUUGAUGGAAGUCCCUCAAAGAAAGUAAACAAAUACUAACUCUUAGCACUAAUUACUCAGACAACAAACAGCAUGAAAACAGCUCGCUUCUGAGGCUUCACAGUAAAAGUUAUCCAUCUUUUUUAUGCACUGUGGGAUUGUGGCACUACAAAGAAGUAGAAGUUUUUAAGAUGUUGGACUAAAGUUGCUGCUUGAAAUAGAAGCUCAUUUUUAUGCAGAGCUUGCAGAACUCACCUAAUUUACCACUGCAAGAUGUUUAAUAUUUAUGCCAUGUUUUACAUUCCUGUUUGGUUUUGUCGGCCUCUACAGGACACGACGCUAUAAGGAUUACUCUUAUGCAAUUUUAUCUAUUUAUAUUGUUUUAGAUUUGAGUGUGAUUUAAUGCUCAAUUAAUAAUAUGUGCAUAUUUAAAUACUGCUCUGUAUGCAAGUCUAUUUUAAGUUGGAUUCAGCAUAAUUACUGAAUCAUUAACCCAGCCUUUUUUGAUACAUAAGACUUUUACUGUAAUUCACUUUAUUAAAUUUAGUUCAAAUUUGUUCACCGUAACAAGAAAAAACAUGAUAACAAAAUGUUUUCAGAUGAACCAGACGACAUCCAGUGUUGUGGCAGUUAUUAAUGUAACUACGACCAUAUACUGUACACACUGUAGGUAAUGGUAGGUACUGACUGACAUCUCCUUGUUUACAACAAUAUAAAUACAACUAUUGAGAUGAGCCAGUUAUUUCACCCAGUAAUUUAGUUGCAUGGUACUUUCCAAUAGAAGUAUAAAUCACAAGUUUCAUCAUGAUAUGAUAUUAUAUUGAUCCUUUGGAUAACGAUACGAUAUUUGCUGAUACGAUUUCGAUUAGAUUCUAUUCUGGGGUCUUUGAUCGAUAUGAUACGAUAUCAUUAUGCCCACUUAACACAAUCACUUAUAUCAACUAACAAAAAGCAACUA